AUGAGAUGCCCUGAGACUGAUACAUUUCCUGUUCCGCAUGAGUGGUACCAGUCAGGUGGCCUCAUCAUUGGUGGGAUAGCUUCUCAGUUCUAUUAUUCCUUCUUAGAAGAUUUCUUCAAGGACAACCCUUCACAGAAUCUGUUUGAUGAUAAUCCACACAUGAUAACAAAAUUCUACCAGCACAUCCUGGCCCUGGCAUUUGCUGUAAAAGUGAUAAAUGAGAAUCCCAACCUAUUGCCCAAUGUCACACUGGGAUUCCACAUCUAUGACAGCUAUUAUGAUGCAAGGAUAACCUAUCGUAACACUCUGGACUUGCUCUUCAAAAUGCAUAGAUUUGUUCCAAACUACAAAUGUGACUCGCAGAAAAACCUCAUAGCCAUAAUCGGAGGACUUAGCUCUGAUACCUCCUUCCAUAUGGCUGAUACCCUAAGCCUCUACAAGAUUCCACAGCUUACAUAUGGCUCAUUUCCACAAAAGGAGAGUGAUAUAGGUCACUUGCUUGCCUUUUACCGCAUGGUGCCCAAUGAAGCUCAUCAGUAUAUGGCAAUUAUCAGCUUGCUUCACCAUUUUGGAUGGACAUGGAUUGGACUCUUUGUUACAGAUGACAAUGGAGGAGAAAAUUUCUUGCAGACUAUGGAGCCAUUGCUUCACCAACAUGGAAUCUGUUCAGCCUUCACACGAAGAAUGGAAAAAGUAGCUCAUUUUGAUUUGGGAGGUGAAAUUUUCAACAUGCUCAAUGAAUAUUAUGUGGAUGUCACAAAUGAUAAAGUCAAUGCAUUCAUCAUCUAUGGAGAUUCUCUGACACUGAGCUGGCUAAGAUUUCUUCUAUUUAUACAAGAUCCUGAAAAUAAGGAAAUCACAUCAUUUAGAAAGCUCCACUAUUUUCUGCAAGGCAUUUCGUUUAACAACUCAGCAGGGCAAACAAUGUCCUUUAAUGAAAAAAGGGAAAUGGGAGGCGGAUUUGACAUUACGAACAUGAUCACAUUCCCAAACAAGUCUUUCCUUCAAGUGAAAGUUGGACGUGUUAAUCCUGAUGCUCUUGAAGGAGAAGUAUUCAUCAUUCAUGAAGAUAUGAUUGUGUGGCACAGAGGUUUUAAUGAGGUGAUUCCCCUUUCUCUGUGUAAUGACCACUGCCACCCUGGGAAUCAGAAGAAAAAGAAAGAAGGGGAAAAGUUUUGCUGCUAUGGUUGUGCUCCAUGUUCAGAAGGGGAAAUUUCAAACCAGGAUGAUAUGAAUGACUGCUUCAGAUGCCCAAAAGCUCAGUAUCCAAACAAGAACAAAACUGCCUGCAUUGAGAAAAUGAUAACCUUCCUUUCUUAUGAAGAACCUUUAGGGAUUAGUUUAGCAUCAGUUGCCCUUUCUUUCUUCCUCAUCACAGCUUUGGUGCUAGGAACAUUCAUUAAGUGCAGAGACACUCCCAUAGUCAAAGCCAACAACCAGGACCUCACCUACUCUCUCCUUGUCUCUCUCCUGCUCUGCUUCCUUUCUUCAUUGUUAUUUCUGGGUGAACCUAGCACAGUUUCCUGCCUCCUCCGGCAACCAACUUUUGGCAUCAUCUUCUCUGUAGCCAUUUCUUGUGUGUUGGCCAAAACUAUCACUGUGAUUCUAGCUUUCAUGGCCACCAAGCCAGGGUCAAGCAUGAGGAAGUGGAUAAGGAAAAAAAUGACAAAUUCCAUUGUCUUUUCCUGUUCUCUUAUUCAAGCAACAAUUUGUACCGCAUGGUUGAUGACAUCUCCACCCUUUUCUGAUUUGGACAUGCACUCUUUAACAGAAGAAAUCAUUGUGCAAUGUAAUGAAGGGUCAGUCACCAUGUUCUACUGUGUCUUGGGCUAUAUGGGCCUCUUGGCCAUUGCCAGCUUCGUUGCCGCAUUUGCAGCCCGCAAAUUGCCGGACAGUUUUAAUGAAGCCAAAUUCAUUACUUUCAGCAUGUUGCUCUUUUGCAGCGUUUGGCUGUCUUUUAUUCCAGCCUACCUGAGCACAAGUGGAAAAUACAUGGUGGCUGUGGAGAUCUUCUCCAUCUUGGCCUCCAGUGCUGGGUUAUUAGGCUGCAUCUUUGCCCCUAAAUGCUACAUCAUUAUUCUGAGGCCAGAACUGAACAACAGGGAGCAACUUAUAAGAAAAAAGAAUUAA